CCAAUCCAAACCUCAUUUUUAGGGUUUUAGCCCAGUGGGAGUUGCAGGAGAGAGAGAGAGAGAGAGGGAAGAGAGAGAUGGAGGAGAGAGACGAUUACAAGUUCCUCAAGCUGAGGGACGCCAUCGCCUGCCUCAACCAAAGAGUGAACUUGGUCGGCGUCGUCCUCGAGCUCGGCCUCCCCAAGAAAAGCAAAGGCACCGAUUUCUUUAUCUCGCUAAAAAUAGCCGAUGAAUCCUAUUCGGAUCCUGGAAUUUCAGUCAACUUCUUCGCUGAAAGUGUAGAGAAGCUUCCCGUAGUUGCCUCACCAGGAGAUAUAAUCCUGCUCUCUCAUGUUGUGAUGAAAACACAUGAACGCGAAGUAUAUGCUUUCUUCAAUAAGAAAUUCUCUUCAUUUGCUUUAUAUGAGGGCAUAAGUGGUGGAGACUUCAUUCCUUAUCAAGUUUCUGCAAGAUUUCGAACUAGAGAACUGGAUAAGAAGUUCAUAGCAGACCUUAGAAAGUGGUUGACUGGUUUUCAGCUCAAUACAGAUCCAAAUAAUUUCCAAUUCUUGAGAGAGAUCAAGGAGGGUCAACGCCUGAGUCUAAUUUGCAAGAUUCUUCACAUAUGCGAGGUUGCAGAAAAGGAUUGGAUUAUCUUUGUCUGGGAUGGAACUGAUGCCCCCAGUAAAAAAAUUCAGACGAAGAUGACUGAUGAGAUGGACAAUCCACUCCCUUUACAAUUGGAAAAAGAGCCACUGCCUAGAGACAUACUCUAUACCUUUCCCUCUGUUGGGAGUGUCUUGAUGGUGGUGCUGGGUGAAGGCAACAAAAAUCUUGGUCUUGGUUUCUUGAAGACUGGCAUGUGGUUAAACUUUCUCAACAUCAUCUGCGAAGUCCAUGCAGGGCUUUGGCGUGGUGUCUUGAUGCCCUUCACAAAACUUCGUUAUGUGCCUAAGGAGGACCGCUACGUGUUGGGGUGCCAAAGGUGUUAUGAAGAACGAUUGUCAGAGAAAUGGGGUCGCAUGCCGUGGUCUUGCUUUCCUUCACCAUCGACAGUUACAGAGGUUGAGCAUGAUCACGUGCCGCUUGUUACAUUAAGGGAUAUUCUCACCUAUCCUGAGGUUACUGCCAAGUUUAAGUGUGUGAUACGAGUUGUGGCAGCAUUUCCAUGCGAAGCUGAGAACUUCCUCUCUCCUGUUGGGACAUAUAGGGUUAGGCUGACUAUUGAAGAUCCAACUGCUCGAGUACAUGCAUUUCUGUAUGCUGAAGAUGGGGAAAUGUUUUUCGAUGGCCGUCCUUCUACUUGUGUCUUGAAGAGGAGGAUGAACAAGCUACUCGGAUUAAAUGAAGAUGACGACAGCAAGGGAACUGAGUAUACGGACAGAGACCCACCCUGGGUCUUUUGUUGUCUCAAAUCUUACUACCUUAAUGAAAGUGAUGUUUGGGGAAGCCGUCGGUAUCGAAUUUUCGACACUAAGCUGGUGGGUUAAGGCUCGAUCUUACUCAGUAUAUAGUACAGUACAGUAAAGAUGUAGAGAUGUAAAUAUCUGAACCCCUUAAUGCCCAGGAUUAGCAGUGUCUAUGUAUUAUACUCUUUUUGGGUUUUAUUCCCCUUUCUUUCCUUCCUUUUGGGAUGGACUUUCGAGUCUUCGUCGAGGCUUCAUUGUUGAGGCAAUGUUAAUAACCAGGCGAUUUCUCGAUGCA